CUGGCCGAUACAAUGCCCCAUCCACCCCGACGGCGUCCCCUUCUGCCAAACUAUUAACCGCCCCCCCGAUCAUGGCCCCUGCAAAGCCCAACAAGGUGUCGCGCAUCACCGUGGCGUGUAAUUCCUGCCGCUUCCGGAAACAGAAGUGCAGUGGAAAUAAGCCGAUAUGCACGCAAUGUCACCAACAUAACCGGCCCUGCGACUGGCCUGAACAGUUGAAACGUGGUCCUGCAAAAGGUUACAUAGAAGCUCUGGAGCACCGUCUCCAUGAAACAGAGAGGCUACUGUUGAAACUUCUCGCCGAGAUUCCGGAUGCCCAGCUCUCCGCUACCAUUCAGGAAACCCAUGAUCAUCCCCGAAGUCAGAGGAACAGCAACAGCCCAACACACAUGUACUCUCCAUCCCCGCGCUUUGGCAAACGCGGUACAGACUACUGGAAGAAGUUUCCCUUGCAUUCGGUCCAGAAUAUCCGUGACUGGCAGAAUGAUUGCUUAAGCAAUGGAGGAAAUGCCUCAGCACCUCGCUCCUCGGGAGCAGAUGUCGUCAAACGUUCUUCUGUCCCGCUCGCUCGAUAUCCACCGGAGAUGGAAUCUCCGAGAGACCAUGUUUCUGAGUUUCCCGAACAUCGGGAGGCGCCCACGCUACCACGGAUCCAUCAGAUCGAGAUGUCCAAUAGUCCGGAAGAUGGUGUGACGCCGGCGAAAUUGGUUCACAGCCCUGGAUUGAAUGAAGAGGCUCGGGAAAGUCGUCCGCGGAUUGAUCCGGUUUUUGAAGCGAUACAGUAUCAGCGGGCUCGCGCGGAGGCGGUUCAUGAGUUUAGCUCGAGUGUGCAGCAGAAACCGAGUCUCUGGAGGGGAGCGCCGUCGGUGAGCUUUCAGCAGCAGUUUCUUUGGUAGCCUACAGGCCCAUGACUGUAUGACUCACUGGACAAUGAUUCAAUAUGAUUUAGAGAUGACUUGCUCUGGACAGAGUUGUUUGGAUACCGAUUGAGGGUUAUCACUCGCCAAUUUGUAUCCCCGCUCGGUGUCUUGUGAAGGGCAACUGAUGUCAUUGAAAAGAACGUCCAUCGAUUAUAACCGGAACCUCAGUAUAUAGACAAAAGUUAGUCCAUGAUACCAUGCU